UUGAAUAACUAUUAAAUGUAUUUCAUUUCAAAAUAUUAUUGUAGAAUAAAAUGAAAACUCUACUAGUGUUUAAUAUUUUGAUUGCUUUAUUAUAUAUAUGCUCUUUGGUCAGCCUACUUACGGCAGCUGGAAUUGGCGAAACAUCAUGCCGGUAUUUAGGUGAAAUGGAAAAAAAUGGUAAAAAAUGUCACGAAGACGUGGUGAAAGUACAUGAACUUCCACCAAAAUGCACAUCUUUUGUGUAUGAUGGAGUUAUAUGUACACCAAGUUAUAGAAUCGAGGCUAAAGACGCCAUGUACGGAUUAGAACGCUUACAAACACUUCUAGAUUUUGAUAAGCCGGCUAAAAAUGUGUACUUAUUUUAUUCACACGGAGGGUUACAUGAUUGGUAUGAUGUACUUUCGAGAGGAAAUUUUAAACUUGUAGCUCAAAAUGUGCAAAAUUUUGUUCGGCGUUAUCCUGUCAAAGGGUUGAUUCUGAAUGAAAUUGAUUUUCCUUAUUCAAAUGAGUUUGAUGGUGACUUCCACCAGAAUUUUACCGACUACGUGAACACUAUCAGAGCUUUUAACUCAAAUUUGGAAAUUGGGUUGUAUUUGAGUGCAAGAACUUUCUUUGCAAAUAAACCUUAUGUGUUCCAUAAUGAAACAAGCAUCAUAGUUAAUAAUGUCACAUAUACAGAGGCAAUCGGGGUUUACUAUUACAAUUGGUUUUAUUUCCCAACGAUGAAUCGAAUUAUGGAUUUCUACAUAAUUGAAUUUUAUACUUUUAAUGAAUGUACUCCUGAUUUAUUACGUACUGGAAUUACACCUUUGAAGUCAUCGGACCCGUUUACUAAUUCAUUAAACAAUUUUACAGCAGUUUUAAAGGAUUUUGACAUUGAUAAGGAAAAAUUAUAUUUUGAAUUCUUAAUAAGUCCUAAACCGUUAUAUUAUGCAGUUGACAAUUUCACGAAUUGUGAAAUAUCAUAUAACGAGUAUUGUGAAAACGAAAAUAACAAAAAAAGUAAAUUUUGUGCCGAUGACUCAGAAGCAUUGUACCAAAAAGGUAAAUUUACAAAAGCCAAUGCAAAGGGAUUCAUAGGCAUGUAUAUAGAUUUAGUCGAUCGUGAUGAUAAAUGUCAUUGUGGAAAGUACAUGGCGUUUGAUAUGAUGGUAAAAAGAUAUAAUGGUGAAACGGAUCCGAAGGAUUGUGAACCAUUAAGAGGCUCUUGAAUACUUGAGUUAAUAGUUAUUGUCUUAUACUGUAAUUAGGUACAGUUAAUUAAUUAUGGUGUCUUCUACUAGUUACUUGAUUCUCAUAGAACGAUUUUUUUAUUUUGUUGUAAUCCAAAAAUUAUUAAAACAAUGUGUAUACUUGAAAUUGUUUAAGAAAUAAACAAUCUGUGUACUAUACCUAGAGAAUAAUAAGAAAUAAAAAUAUAUGAUAACAGAA